GAAAUGGAUAAAUCAGACCUUUUUGUGGGACAUCAUUUCCAGUUUAUAUUUGCCUGUAUUUCUUAUGCAGUAGGUCUUGGAAAUGUUUGGCGGUUUCCUUAUUUAUGCCAGAUGCAUGGAGGAGGUGAGUGGAUUUUAAUCCCAUACUUGAUUAUGUUAAUUGUGGAAGGAGUGCCAUUGUUAUUCUUGGAAUUGGCAGUGGGACAACUUAUGCACCAAGGGAGCAUUGGCACAUGGAAUGCUAUAAGUCCUUACCUCUGUGGAGUUGGAAUUGCCAGUGUUGUGUCAUUUUUCCUCUCCAUGUACUACAAUGUUAUAAAUGGCUGGGCAUUUUGGUAUCUUUUCCAUUCAUUUCAGGAUCCUUUGCCAUGGGCAAGCUGCACUGAAUAUAACCACACAAACUAUGAGGAAGAAUGUGAGAAAGCAACACCCACUCAGUACUUUUGGUACAGGAAAACCCUUAAUAUUCUCAUCCAUGAGAGUGGAAGCAUCCAAUGGGAACAAGCAGCUUGUCUCACUGCAUGGCUAGUGGUCUAUCUGUGUAGGUCUGCGUGGAACAGAAUAACUGGCAAGGUUGUUUAUGUAACAGCUAUAUUACCUUAUAUAGUUCUUAUCAUAUAUUUGAUCAGAGUCUUAACACUUCAUGGAGCUACGAAUGGACUGCGAUAUAUGUUCACUCCAAAGCUGGAGCAACUAGCAAACCCCAAGACUUGGAUUAAUGCAGCUACUCAAAUCUUCUUCUCUCUUGGCCUGGGCUUUGGUAGUUUAAUAGCAUUUGCCAGCUACAAUGAGCCAAACAACAAUUGUGAGCGACAUGCCAUCAUUGUUUCCUUAAUAAAUAGUGCUACCUCAAUAUUUGCCAGCAUUGUCACAUUCUCCAUUUAUGGCUUUAAAGCAACUUUCAAUUAUGAAAGCUGCAUAAACAAGGUGAUCUUGCUGUUGACUAAUGUUUUUGAUCUGAAAGAAGAUUUAUUAACAAUAGAAAACCUUGAGAAUAUGAAGCAGUAUUUGGCAUCUGUUCACCCUGGAAAAUAUGCAGAAGUGUUGCCACAGAUUAAGAACUGCAGUUUGGAAAUUGAACUAGAUACUGCUGUCCAGGGGACCGGGCUAGCAUUCAUAGUAUAUUCUGAAGCAAUUAAAAAUAUGGAAUUCUCACAAUUGUAUUCAGUGCUGUAUUUUGUCAUGUUGCUGUUGCUGGGAAUAGGGAGCAUGCUGGGAAACACUGCAGCCAUUCUUACUCCUCUGACUGACAUCAAGUUCCUCUCUUCUCAUGUACCCAGGGAGAUUAUUUCAGGCUCUGUGUGCAUUGUCAAUUGUGUCAUUGGCCUAAUAUUUACUACAAGGGCUGGUAACUAUUGGUUUAAUAUCUUCAAUGAUUAUGCUGCUACUCUGUCCUUGCUACUUAUUGUACUGGUGGAAACUAUUGCUGUUUGUUACAUAUAUGGGCUAAAAAGAUUUAGUAAAGACCUUUGCGUGAUGAUUGGACACGAGCCAAGUUGGUAUUGGAAAGUUUUAUGGGCUUUUAUCAGUCCAAUAUUAAUCAUAAGCCUGUUUGUGUUUUACAUCACGGACUACAUCAGGACAGGGAUAUCCCAAUAUCAAGCCUGGGAUGCAACAGAGGGGCAACUGGUUACCAAAGAUUAUCCAAGAGGUGGCCUAGCAGUUAUUGGUCUGCUUGUGGCAUCAACAUCAUCAUGCAUACCAUUAGGAGCAUUAGUAACUUUUAUAAAGCUCAGAAGAAUUCGCCAGUAAUUGGACUUUAGCAACUGAUGCAGCUUUCACAUUCCAGCUUGAAGAUUAUACCGAUUAUAGGUCACAGCAAGCAACAAAGCAAACCCUGGGUAUACAAAUAUCCCCACCAAAAUAGCCAUUCUCCAUUUAAAAAAAACGCUUUGCAGCAGAAGGUAACUUGAGAUUGAUUUUGACAGAUAAAGGCAAGAUUACUUGAAAAAUUGAUUCGGUGCAAUUAUGCAAAGGAAUUCUGGCAUAUGUGAAUAUGGUUGUAAAACAUCCAAAAUGUUGUGUGGUACAAACUAGCUGCAAUGUGUGCAACUGAUUUUUCUAUAUGGACUCAUAAUUUAUGCAACUCAUUUUCAUGGUUGUUAUCUUUAUGAGCAAAGCAUUGUCAGAUUCUUUACUACCUACCAGAGCUUAUAGUUCUUUUGGGAAUUAUGGACAUUCAUUAGAUUGCUAUCUAAUGAAUGUCCGUACUUCCCAAAAAAACUAUAAAAAUAAUGGGUAACAGGGCUGGGAAAUUUUAAGGGCUACAUUGGAAUUAUGAACUAAGAAACUAAAGACAUACAUAUUUUAGUUGCAUACAGAAUGUGGUAUAUUUAAAUAUUUUUUAUCAAAUGAUAGAAACUUAAGUCAAAAAAUUAUGUGAGGAAAAUUGAAACUACUUGCCUGUGUUUUACAUUUUUAUUGCUUUUAGGACAAAGGGACUACAGUCAAAUGUUUUUGUUUCCCUAUUCCACUCUUCAAAAAAAUUUCAAAAUAUGAUCAGCCUUGCUUACAAAUUAUUUUGUUCCAAAACCAUUUGAAAUUAUAAUGGUGCUGGGAAAAAACUUUACAAGCAAUGUCCACAUUACAGUCUACAAAGCACUCUCUCAGGCACAAGUGCCAUUAUGGUCAGCAGAGAUUGCACUGUACAUGACCUGUUAUCUCCCCCCCCCUCUAUUUAAUUAGAAUUAAAUAAUUCUAAUUAAUGUUAGAAUUAAACAUUUCUAUUUAAGUUUUGGCUGUCAAAGUUAAAGAUAAUACAAGUGUAAUCAGGGGUUUCAUGUAAUGUAUGAAUGCAGAACUUGAACUUAGUGACACAUUUUCCACAUUUGUU